AUGCUUGUUACAGACUACGGGCUGCCUUUCGAGCCUCUGGCCUCGGAGGUGCCUGUAUGCGACCUGUACCUCGGUCCCAACUCCAUAUUCCACGAAACUCUGGAGAACCUUUGGGGAAGCGGUGUUACGCGCGUAUCGCUGGUAGUAGAGAAAAACAAAGAGAACUUAUUUAAAAGGUACCAACGCAAGUACCAAUUCGGACGCCGCCAAGGCCACAUAGACGUCUCCGUACUCGCGCUCAAUGUAGACAAGGUUCUGCCGGGGAACGUGAUAAGAGAGCUCACAGCAGUGCUGGGUGGUCUGGAAGACUUUGUCAUGCUCUACUGGAACACGCUGCUGACAGUACCUCUAUCUGAUGCACUGGAUCUGCAUCAAUCCAGGACAAAGGAACGCCAGCGCUACUCUAUGAGCGUGCUGUACUUCGAGGAUGAUCGCCAGAAGAGGUUCAGCAAGCCCGCAGACGACUGCAUGAUCAUUCUCAGCGAACAGUCCGAAGUCUUGGCAUAUGGCCCGGGCGCCGAUGACCUUGAGAUCGAUAAGGAGUGGCUGCGGAGAUGCGAUAACAGCUCCCGAUUUUCGCUGAGAUACGAUCUCUGCAGGACCGGCAUAUACAUCUGCAACAAACAGGUUGCAGAACAUUUUAACAACUGGUACGAACACCAGGAGAUGGAUGAGUACAUAGUCGACUGCUUGAACCGGGAGUUCAAAACUGACGAAGUGUAUGCCACCAUACUCAAGGCUGAUGUUAUGUUCCCGACGUACCCCCCGGCAAUCAGGAUCGAGACGCCCAAGGACUACCACACCGUGUUCAUGGAGUACAUCACGCGAUUCCAGGGAGACGAGGCUCCGUCGCAAAAGGGCGUUGCCAACCACAAUCCGCAGUGCGGGCCCCUGGUUCAUGAGGGGAUUGUGGUCAGCAAAAACAACAUCGUAGGUAAAUACGUCAAGGUGGGAGAGCGGUCUGACAUCAGCCGCUGCAUCAUCUUCGACGACGUCACCAUAGGUGCUGAUUGCUCAAUUCAUGACUCUAUCAUCAUGAACGGUGUUGUCAUCGAUGACGCCACCGUCAUCCCCCCAGGGUCGAUCGUCUGUUCCAACGUCCAUGUCAAAUGCGACAUGGUGAAAGGGCUGACGCACGGUCUCAGAGCGUCCAAAAUGCCAACGAGGUACAUCGACCUUACGACGCCGGAGGGAGAGGCGCAGCCACUGCAGGAACAAGGGGAAAGCGUCCACGUGUGGCCCGUGCACGCCUUCGGGAAGCUAGAAGACACUUAUAUCGGCAAGUCGUUCUACGACCUGGUGAAUUUCAAGGUGCCAUCGCAGGAAUCCACUGCUCUGGGAAGCGAUGAUGAAGACGAGUCGGAAGACGAGGGAGAUGAAAGAGAGGGAUCGAGGCGGCGGUCUGAAGAUUUCGAUUCGGAUUCACGCAGCGACAGUGAAGAGUCUGACAUCGAUGACGAAUCGACGAAUCCGCAAAAACUGAUGAAGGACGACGUUGCCGAGGAAUUCAAAACACUGAUUGUGGAGUGCCUGGAAGCACCCUCGCAACUCCCGAACAAGGUGCUUGAAAUCAAGAGUCUCAAAAUCAGCCAUAAUUUGCAAAAGGCAGACAUGGUCAAGGCCGCCCUGAAAUACGCACUCGAUUGGGUAGUGGAGCGUGCCAACAACGAAGAGCAACUCCAGGGACUCAUCGAGGAGGCACAGCUCAAGGAAUUACUGGACACAUUUGAACACGAAAUGGAGGAACUAGACCACUACGAAGAUAUAUUCAAAGCGUGCUCGGAAAAGCAAAAGGACGUGGAGUUUUUCUCGUACCUUUGCGAGGCACUGUACCACUCAGACAUCAUGGAAUUCGAAAUGCUGCACGAUUGGCUCGUGAGAAACGGCAUAUCCGGGUCACGCAUAAACUCUUUCGCCAAAUGGUUGGCGGAAGAAUAA